AAGAUUUUUGCGAAAUGAAAGAUAAUUCCAAAGCUGUGAAAGUGGAGAAGACAAAGGCCUAAAAUCAGAGGAAUUUCCACUGCAAUGAAUAGUUGUACUCUCCGCUACUAAAUUAGUUCCAUUUUCCAGCUCAUUUCCACUAUCUGUGUUUCCAAAGCCUUCCACCGCCGGCAAUGAAACCCUCCGGCGGCUCACUCACAGCCGCCCCUCAAUUUUCUCUUCCAAAGGCGCCUCAAUUUUGGAUCCAGAACGGCGUUUUCCGCCUCACGGCGGACCUGAAACCGCUCAGACGGCGGCGGUUCAGCCUCAGAGUCUCGUGCAGAUCGGGAAAUUCGAGUGGCACGACGGCGCCGUUGCCGCAUACUUCUCAAUUUGGGGAUUUGGCGCCGGAGACGCAGAGUGGAGUUGAAUCGUUGAGUUUUGAAGUGAGAAGCCCUUUUUCUCCGCAUAAUUUGAUUCCGCGCCCUAGAUUGAGCUUGAGCGAUCAAGCUUUUUUCCUCCUUACCUUCAUCGGUUGCACGACUUCUGUUGCAUUCGCUUGCCUUGUUGCCGCAGCUGUGCCAACAUUAUUUGCAAUGCGAAGGGCUGCAAUAUCUCUUUCUAAAUUAGCUGAUACUGCACGUGAGGAGCUCCCCAGCACAAUGGCAGCUGUCAGGCUGUCUGGGAUGGAAAUCAGUGAUCUCACACUGGAAUUGAGUGACUUGAGCCAAGAAAUAACAGAAGGGGUCAACAAAUCUGCUCAAGUAGUGCAAGCAGCCGAAGCUGGAGCUCGUCAAAUAGGUUCACUUGCUCGCGAACAAACAAUGGCCAUGAUUCAGGAAAGAGCUAGCCUGCCUAUCAUCUCACUGCAACCGGUUGUGGCAGGGGCUGCAAAGAAGACUUCUCGUGUUGUUGGUAAAGCAGCCAAAACUUUCUUGAACUACAUAUCGCCAGGCGAAUACAGCUCAGCUGAUGAAUAUGAGACAGAAAGUUGAUAGCUUCAGUCAAUAUGUUGUCUGCUGGCUCAUCAAUGUAAGUGACUGGCAUUGUGGUACGUGACAUGAGCACCCGAAGACGCUUGCAAUUUCCCUCUGGAUCAGAUCAUAAUGCAAAAUAAAGACUUGUGUAGCAUUCUCUGGUGUAAAUACGAAACUAGCUUGCAGUGAUUAGGAAAUUAGUUCAAGUGGAGUUUAUAGUCACGAUCUAUUUGAAAACCUCUGCCUGAAAUGCUUAGAUCAUGUCAUGCACUCAUGCUGGAGUUGGCAUUUAGUCUAAAGUGCAAUCUUGCUUGUAUUGAUCCACAUGGAUCCAGUUGAAGGACCCUAAAUUUGUACCGCUUUUUUGAAUUUAAAGUUUUAAGCUUAACUCCGAAUGGAUUGGUUCA